AUGCCAUACAAACCUCGUGGACGUGGAGGUCGAAGAGGUAGGCCACCCAAACGUCAUUCUAUAUCACCUGCUCAAAAACAUGGUCUUUCUUAUACUGGCGAUGAGGCACGAUCGGCUUCAGCUUAUUCAUCAGGUCUCACUAUUUCACUCAAAGCUACUCAAGAUACGCAACCUUAUUCUUCCACUCUCACAACUCCCACUUCUGCAACUUACAAACCUCGAGAAGAACGAUCGUACAAGGACUUUUUUCCUGAUCUCAACAUCAAACAACCUCUGAUCAUUGUUCGUCAUCACCAAAACUCAAUUACUGAUUCUACUAUGACUCAUCCAACAACAACAACAACAACAACAUCACUUGCCAUGAAUAAUACAUCUCCAUCAACACCACAACCUCCUCCUUCAUCUACUUCCAGCAAUAGUGAACCCACUGAAGAAGAGUUAUUUGAUAUGGUGGAAUAUGAUAUGGACGAACAAGAUGAAACCUGGUUACAAAUGUUAAAUGCAGAACGUAGAAAGGAUGAUCUAGGCGAAGUUUCCUGUAGCUUUUUUGAAAAUGUGAUUGAUAAACUGGAAAAGGAAUGGUUCGAUCUGGUGAAGAAUCUUCCAAAACAAGUCAAUGAUGAACCCUCACUUCCUGAAGAUUCUUCUUGUGCCAUAUGUGAUGACGGUGAAUGUGAAAACAGCAACGCUAUUGUAUUUUGUGAUGGGUGUAACCUGGCGGUACAUCAAGAUUGCUAUGGGGUUCCUUAUAUCCCUGAAGGUCAAUGGUUAUGUCGAAAAUGUAUGGUAUCUCCUGAUAAGCCAGUGACAUGUCUCUUCUGUCCAAAUGAAGGCGGGGCUUUCAAACAAACCAAUACAAACAAAUGGGGACAUCUACUGUGUGCAAUAUGGAUUCCAGAAGUCGGUGUCAGUAAUAGUGUAUAUAUGGAACCGAUUGACAAUAUUGACAGUAUUCCUAAAAGCCGAUGGAAACUGACUUGUUAUAUUUGCCGAAAGCGUCAUGGCGCCUGUAUCCAAUGCGACAACAAACAUUGCUUUACCGCAUUCCAUGUAACUUGUGCAAGAUGGGCUCGUUUAUGUAUGCGAAUGAAGUCACAUGGUUCUCAUUAUGAUAGUGUAUUACUCAAGGCCUAUUGUGAUCGACAUACUCCUCGUGAUUAUCGUGAAGAAGUAGAUGUGGAGAAAUGCGUUCUGGCAGCUCAAAAAUUCUUGGAUCCAAAGUCAGCUAAAAAUCGAGGUCGCUCUACAUCAAGUUAUACACCAAGAAGACGCUACGUUGAUGAGUUUUUACUGGAGAAUGGAGAAGAAGAUGGUCAUUUCAGUCAAGAUGACAAUGAUGAUUUUGGUGACGACGAUGACGACGAUGAUCAAAAACAAAAACAAGAUCAAGUCAUGCCUGUAGCUCAACUCACACCUAGUCUGAAAGCAGCAAGAGCUCAUCAACAUCAUUACUCUGCUGGUGCUCCCAUUGCUCCUGAUUAUAUCUUGACUCGGCUAGAACAGAUCAAACUUGUGCGACAAGCAACUCAUCUGAAGAAGCGUUCUCAACUUAUUGCAAGUAUUUGCCGAUAUUGGUCAUUGAAACGUGAAUCUAGGCGUGGUGCUCCAUUACUCAAACGCCUUCAUUUGGAGCCAUGGACAGCCUCUUCUUCUCAAUUGAAACAAACUGAAGUGGAAAAAGCUCACAAGGCAUCGGCGAUGAUGAGUCUUCGAGCUGAUUUGGAAGUAGUACGUAUGUUAUCGGAACAAGUACAGAAACGAGAAAAACAGAAAUUGGAAAGAAUACGAAGACAAAAGGAAUAUGUGGAAAUGGUACUAUUUCCUGUGGAAUAUAUUGUUAAGCCUAUAUUGAAUCAACUUAUGGAGUAA